AGUCUCCAAGUCAGCUAUAUAUCCAAGCAAAACAGUACUGCUCGUACUUAUUCGCCGGGGAGUAGAUCAGCUCUAUGCUUGGCAUGGCCUCUUCCGACCUCAGUUCUCGUCUCUCUGCAGCCAUGGAAACAACCAGCCAUUGGGAUUUUUCACAAGAUAUCCCAAGCGACAUCGUCGUCCAGAUCGGAGACGCUACUUUUCAGCUCCAUAAGUUCGUGCUGGCGGCCAAGAGCGGGUACAUCAGAAGGAAAGUGAUGGAGUCGGAGAGCGCCAACCUUAGCUGCAUAGAUCUCUCGGAUCUGUCGAUCGGAGCAGAGGUGUUCGAGAGGGUGGCCAAGUUCUGCUACGGUGUCAACUUCGAGAUCUCCGUGCGCAACGUGGCGGCGCUGCGGUGCGCGGCGGAGUACUUGCAGAUGACCGAAGAGUACUGCCGUGGCAACCUGGCGGCGAGGACGGAGGAGUUCAUCAACCAAGCGGCGGUGAAGACACUCCCAGGGGCGGUGGCGUUGCUCCGGUCGUGCGAGGGCCCCCUCCUCCCGAUGGCCGAGUCGCUCCGCGUCGUGCAGCGCUCCGUUGAUGCCAUCAGCUUGAAGGCGUGCAAGGAGUUGAACCGCCCAACGCGUUCCCCACCGAACUGGUGGGCCGGCGAGCUCGCCGUUCUUUCCCCGACCUCCCUCCAGAUGAUCCUCAUCGCCAUGAAAUCCCGCGGCGCCGACCCCAAAUCCCUCGCUGCUGCCAUUGUCGUCUACGCUGAGAAUUUCCUACCCCACCUCCUCCACCCUUCCUCCGGCGCCAGCGCCCCAGCCGGCGGAAAAGACGGGACUCGGGAGCGCAGCCUUCUGGAGUCCGUUGUUUCCAUCCUCCUUCCCGACUGCGACGCUCCACUUCCCGUCGGCUUCAUCUUCUACCUUCUCCGGGCCGCCAUCUUCCUCGAAGCCUCCGAGAGAUGCCGGCGGGAGCUAGAGCGGCGGGCCUCCGCCUGCCUCGACCAGGCGACAGUCGCCGACCUCCUCACCAUCACUCUAGACUAUGCCGGCGAGCGUGUCGUGGAUCUAGAAACCGCGCGGCGUAUUGUGGCCGGCUUCGCGGAGAGGGAGGCUGGCGGCGGGGGCGGGGCGGUCUACAAAGGAGAUAGUGGCGCCGCCGGCUGCUCCGCGGCGGUUCAGAAGGUGGCGCGUACCGUCGACAGCUUUGUUGGGAAGAUCGCGUCAGAUGAGGAACUCUCAGUGUCCAAGUUCACGGGGAUCGCGGGAGCUCUCCCCAAGUCAGCUCGCCGCUUCGAUGACGACCUCUACCGCGCCGUCGACAUCUAUCUCAAGGCGCACCCGGGGUUGGACGAGAUCGAGAGGGAGAAGGCGUCCAGUGUGAUAGACCCGUUGAAGCUGUCGUACGAGGCCCGGCUCCAUGCUUCGCAGAACAAGCGGCUUCCCUUGCAAAUUGUCCUCCAUGCUCUGUACUACGACCAACUGAAGCAAAGGAGCGGAAUGGAGGAUGAGGCAGCGGCUGGGGCACCGGGUGCAACGCUGGGACCAGACCACGGGCUGAAUGCCGACGUCUCGUUGAUCAGGGAGAACGAGGCCCUGCGAUCGGAGCUGGCGCGGAUGAAGAUGUAUGUGUCGGAGAUGCAUCGAGGAGGAGGAGGGGGAGGACAGGGGAGCGGAGUCAAGGCCAGAAGCAAGAAGGCCAUGUUCUUCUCCUCGGUUUCCCGGACGCUGGGGAAGCUUAAUCCUUUCAAGCAGGGAUCAAAGGAUACUUCCAACAUGGACGACGGUGUUGUGGUGGAUGUGACCAAGCCCAGGAGGAGGAGGUUCUCGAUAUCUUAAAGACCAGAGAUAUCCAUUGUGAUGCUAUCCCUAUUCUUGUCGUCGUACUUCCUUUUAUAUAUAUAUAUAUAUAUAUAUUUGUGUGUGUGUAUCUGCUUGUUGUUUGUGUAAAAGAAUUCUUCUUGACACAAUAUGAUCAUAAGUGAUGGGGAAUUCGUUA